AUGAUAGAAGUUGAGUAUUACGACCAGAAAGUCGUCAAGCGUCACUAUCCAAGAGAGGUAGAUAGUUUGACCGGUCGUCUUCAUUUCCACUUCGAUGCGGAUCCAAAUCUUUUUCUCGUCAAAAACAACAUUGCGAUUCAUUUUACGAUCGAACUGGACAAGAACUACAUCCCCUGCAAUGGAUUCGCAAGCAAACAGUUUGGAAAAACAGAAGUUGCCGUGAAUUCUCAAAUAAUUGAUAAUUCCAAUUCAAACGCGCAUUAUAUGCUCGCUGAUUAUCUGACAAAGCUGACAAACUAUGAUCCUCAAUAUGUGAUGACUGCUUUCCAGAUCGAGGGGUACUACGACGAGUACAAUUUUGAGACACUUGCAACUGAUGCGGCUAAGGAAGAAAUCAGAGACGGUAGGAGACCAGGCUGCUUUGUCAACUCUGAUGGGAAUUAUGUUUACGAACUCAUCUUCUUACCUACUCACGGAUUCUUCCUUGAAAAUAAACCUCUUCCUCUCAACACUGAUCUAUCACUGACGCUCUACCGUUUAAAGCAUGAGUUCUCUACAAUUUUUAUUGGAAGCGACCCAAAUGAUAAGUUGCCGGCUGGAGAAGCUCUCAAAAUAACAGAUGCCUAUGCAAUGGUUGAAUAUGUGUCCUCUCCAAGCUUGAGAAAUCAUUUUGCGAGAAUCAAAUCGAAACCGAUCUCCUACAAAUUUAAUGACACUAUGAUAAAGACAAUGGCUUUACCAAAAGGUCGUAAGCAAGUUCAGCUGCUCAAUGUUACUGGUGGAAAUACACCCGCGUACAUGUUCUUUGGACUCAUCAAAACAGAUGCCUUGUUUGGAUCGGAUGCUUUUGAGUCCACAAAUUUCAGUUUUCAUCAGGAUCUUACGCAAAUAAACGUUACAUUAAACGGGCAGUCGCUCCAUGGAUAUCCUCAGAAAAUCACGAAUCAGUAUCCAAUUCUCCCUUAUUGGAAAUUUCAAAAUGCUCUUGGAAGAAUCUCUCAAAGCAACUUGUCUUAUGUGACAUCCAUGGAUGCGUACAAGAGCAAUGCAAUUUUCGCUCAUGAAUUUGAGGGCGAGGAAAUAUCACAAGGAUGGCUCUCCUUCACAUUUGAUUUCAACAAACCACUAGAUGACGACGAUGACUAUCACAUUGUUAUAUGGUCGAUUGUGUCUGUCAAACUUACGAUUGACGAACAUAAACAAGUCGAAAAAACGUUAUUCACUUCUGGACUUGAUUUGGUCGUUUUCGUCAUUCUCAAAAAGAUGUUUGUCACGAUUAAAUCUUUCACUUUUCGAUCACACAACGGAGGCGGAUUUUUCAAAGUCAAGGGAACUUAUAUUCCAGGCUUUGAGACUCAUUUCGACUACACCCAACCUGCUUCAGAAAUCAACUUGAGAAUGUUUGAAAAGACUGCAGCUGAAAUUUCUGAAACGUUCGCUACUCUUCUGUCCUUCACAGAAUCUCAUCAACCUGCGUCCGUCAACCUUACUUCCGAGUCAAAGCAAUCCGACUGGGAAAGAGAGCACAAUAUCCCCGCUUCGUACACUUUCCGAUUCAGUCGACUUCCGAUUCAGCCAACCCCGAUUCAGUCAUUUCCCGUCCAGCCAACUCCGAUGCACUCAACUACAAUCCAGCCAUCUCCCAUCCAGCAAACUACUAUUCAGCCAACUCCAAUCCAGUCAUCUCCGAUCCAGCCAACUCCGAUGCAGUCAACUCCAAUCCAGUCAUCUCCGAUCCAGCCAACUCCGAUGCAGUCAACUCCAAUUCAGUCAACUACAAUCCAGCCAUCUCCCAUCCAGCCAAUUCCAACUCAGUCAACUCCAAUUCAGCCGACUUCCGAACAACCAAUGUCCAUCUAA